AUGGCCUUGAAGACUUGCAUUACAGUUCUGGCAACUCUGGGCUUAGCAACUGCGCAGACCAGCGUUGUCUCGAUAUUUAUCCCAGACAUUGACUCACAACCGCUGGCCGCCUCGAUCGUGGCAGAGGGCUCCGGUACUACAACCUAUAGCAUUAACUGUCCUCCUGGUACUGAUGGCUCGGAUUGUGGAAUGGGACCGGGCAUGUGGUAUACCUCAGCUCCUAAGACCGUUGAAUGGUCAAUGAGUGAGCCUGAGGAAGGAUUCUGGGGCCGCGUGGUCUGCUCUAUGGGCGGCACGACAACUGCCACCUGUACCGAUAUCAUGAGCGGUACUGGGGCCAACUUCCCUGGAACAUCGUCAUCCACCCUGGCCCAGAGCGAUAUAACAUUCUUCCCAGUCACCGUCACCGCUGGUCCUACUAGCACAAACUCUGCAUCCACCGCCACUGAUACGACCAGCUCGGCCCUCACAUCUAGCAAGACGAAUGCUUCCGGAAGCACUGCCUCGUCCGCCUCGGCAACAUCAUCCGCAGCUGUCGCCUCUCACACUAGCACUGGCGGUUUGUCUCGAGUCACUGGUAGCCCUCGCGUUGUCUUGGGAGGUGCUGCUGCUGCCUUGAUUGCGGCUGCUUGGUGA